AUGUCCGAGAACGAGAAAAAGCUAGAACCCCGCGAUGACACCAAAGGCGCAAAGCAAGCUACGGCCGCUACAAAGACAUCAGAGUCCUCCGAAUCGAAUAGAGUGUCGCUGACGGAUUUCUUAAAGGAGAAUGAGGGGGAGAUGGAAGCGGAGGAGAGCAGUGAGAAGGAAAAGGACAAGGACAAGCUGGCGGAACAGAGUGGCGCUGGAAAGAUGCGCAAGCUGAGAGGGGUUGUGUUUGGAGAUAUGGAGCGCGAUGUGACCUCUCGAUGCGCUGCUGGUCCGAGGAAGUUACUGAGGAGCGAUGAGAGACCGGGGCGGUUUGAGCAAUUGGUCUUCAUAAUUGAAUAUACUGCCGCGGCGGGACAGAUGAAGCGCAAGGUUCUAUAA